ACAGAUGGGUAAACCCAGAAACCGGACCACAGUCAGAGAGUGGUAUUCAUAUUUCCCGGACAACGAGAAGCAAAUAUCUGCGUGUGACAUAGCUUCAAUCGAGAAAGCCAGAGAGCGGGGGAAGCUGGCUGCGCCUCUAGGUCCGACGAAGUAGGCUAGGAGAAGAGAGAGAGAGAGAGAGAGAGAGAGAGAGAGACGUAGAGAGCCGAAGAGAGAUGUCAGACCUAGACAGGCAAAUAGAGCAGCUGAAGAAGUGCGAGCCCCUCAAGGAAUCGGAAGUGAAGGCUCUUUGUCUGAAGGCCAUGGAAAUCCUCGUCGAGGAGAGCAACGUUCAGAGGGUCGACGCCCCCGUCACCAUAUGUGGUGAUAUCCAUGGACAAUUUUAUGACAUGAAGGAGCUAUUCAAAGUAGGAGGAGACUGCCCCAAAACAAACUACUUAUUUCUUGGGGAUUUUGUUGAUAGAGGAUUUUAUUCAGUCGAAACAUUUCUACUUCUGCUGGCUCUGAAGGUGAGGUAUCCAGAUCGAAUAACACUCAUCAGGGGGAACCAUGAGAGCCGUCAAAUCACGCAGGUCUAUGGAUUCUAUGAUGAGUGCCUUCGUAAAUAUGGAUCAGUCAAUGUUUGGAGAUAUUGCACUGAUAUAUUCGACUAUUUAAGCUUGUCAGCUCUAAUUGAAAACAAGAUUUUUAGUGUUCAUGGUGGUCUAUCUCCUGCUAUCUCUACAUUGGACCAGAUACGGACCAUUGAUCGGAAGCAAGAAGUACCUCAUGAUGGUGCCAUGUGUGACCUCCUAUGGUCAGAUCCUGAAGAUAUUGUAGAUGGAUGGGGUCUGAGUCCCCGCGGUGCGGGUUUCUUGUUUGGUGGCACUGUUGUGUCUUCUUUUAACCACUCCAAUAGUAUUGACUAUAUUUGCCGUGCUCAUCAGUUGGUUAUGGAAGGGUAUAAAUGGAUGUUCAAUAACCAGAUAGUUACUGUAUGGUCAGCUCCGAAUUAUUGCUAUAGAUGUGGUAAUGUAGCUGCAAUUCUGGAGUUGGAUGAAAAUCUAAACAAGCAGUUUCGCGUUUUUGAAGCUGCUCCACAGGAAUCAAGAGGGGCACCUGCCAAAAAACCACCGCCUGAUUACUUCCUAUAAAAAAUAUUUCAUUGUUGUUGUGAUCCAAAGUGCUCAAGUUGAUAACAGGAGACUCGCAUGGAGGUGGUUCUGCCCAAAACAGAAUCAUCAAAAGGAAAAUGUUAGUUGCUGAGGCAGUUCUUUAUCCCUGGCAGUGAUAGCGAUAUAUAAAUAUAUAUAUUCUUGGGCUUGCUUUUCCUGUCUGCCUGCUUCAUCGAUCUUUCUUUUUCUUUUUUAUUUUUUAUUAUUGGUGUUGUGAAUUAGUUGUGAUUUGCAAUAUAGGGUAGUUGUCUUUAUUCACCGAAAAGUAGUGGUGGAUGAAGGUCACAGGGUAAAAAAAAAAAAAAGUUUAUGUUUGCAUAGAAGGGAACUUUGAUUAGGAGGAAUGAAUUUGCGCUCGAGACAAUUGGGGGCAUACUCCAGAUUUAUAUGAGGAAGAGCCACAGACGAGUUGGACAUUGAUUGCCCUAUUGGCCAUAAAAAAAAAAGUUUAUGAUGAUUAUUUUCAAGUUA